GCUAAUCAGCUCGAUAGUGCUGGGUCUCUAUAGGGCCUGUACAUAUAUAUUUACAGUAUAUAUGCGCGCGCAUCAUUUCAGGCGAUUUGGGACGCGGCCGCAAUCUCACGCAUAAGCCUUCGAGGCAAAACGCGCUCGAGAGGCUCUUUAGUCGCCAUGGAGACGCAGAGAUAAGACAGGAGAGGAUGACAGGCGUAGACCGGAACUCCCGGUGGCUGUAAACAAACCCUAUGGGCAGGUUGUCAGGUCAGUGCAAAUCUAAAGAAACGGGUCUCUGGAUGGUAUUGGUGCCGCUCAGGCAGAGGGACGGAAGAUGACCGACAGGGCAGGUGGUAGUGCAGCGGGGGACGACUCAGGGAUUAUCCGCCGCCGGAGGAUGCAGAAGGAUCUGCCAUUGCCACGGAAGAGCAGCGGCUGUCGCACCAGUAACAGGAAGAGUCUAAUCCUGACCAGUACUUCCCCGACCCUGCCGCGACCCCACUCACCGUUACCUGGACACAUAGGAAGUAGUCCACUGGACAGUCCUCGAACCUUUUCACCCAGCGGCCCCGCCCACUUCUCGUUCACCCCCUCUAGAAGGGCUGAUGGACGGCGCUGGUCUCUGGCUUCACUGCCGUCUUCUGGAUACGGCACCACCACACCCAGCUCCACGUCGUCGAGCUCGUCUCAGGAGCGUCUGCACCAGCUGCCCUUCCAGCCCACCAUGGACGAGCUGCACUUCCUGUCCAAACACUUCGGCAGCACGGAGAGCAUGACGGACGACGACGGACGCAGGUCGCCGCACGUACGGCCGCGCUCGAGGAGCCUCAGUCCGGGACGCUCGCCCUCCUGCUACGACAACGAGAUUCUCAUGAUGAACCAUGUCUAUAAGGAGAGAUUCCCAAAGGCCACGGCGCAGAUGGAGGAGCGCCUGGCGGACUUCAUCCAGUCCUACACUCCGGAGAACGUGCUUCCGCUGGCCGACGGCGUCCUGAGCUUCAUCCACCACCAGAUCGCCGAGCUGUCCCGGGACUGUCUGACCAAAUCCCGCGAGGGCCUCAUCACCACCGUCUACUUCUACGAACUGCAGGACAACCUGGAGAAACUCCUGCAUGACGCGUACGAGCGAUCCGAGAGCUCCGAGCUCACCUUCGUCACAGAGCUGGUUAAGAAGCUCCUUAUCAUUAUUUCCCGACCCGCAAGACUUUUGGAGUGUUUGGAGUUUAACCCGGAAGAGUUUUAUCACCUGCUGGAGGCAGCGGAGGAUCACGCCAAAGAGGGACACCUGAUGAAGACCGACAUCCCGCGCUACAUCAUUAACCAGCUCGGUCUUACACGAGACCCACUGGAGGACAUGGUGAACCUGGACAGCUACGACAGCGAGGGGCCACACACACCUGAGACCGACGACUCGGCGGAGGGAAAGAUGAAGGCCAUGAAGCCACCCUGUGAAUCAGACUUUCAGACCAUCAAGUUGAUUAGCAACGGAGCCUAUGGGGCAGUGUAUCUGGUGAGGCACAGAGAAACUCGGCAGCGUUUCGCCAUGAAAAAAAUCAACAAGCAGAACCUGAUCCUGAGAAACCAGAUCCAGCAGGCGUUUGUAGAGAGAGACAUCCUGACCUUUGCUGAAAACCCAUUCGUCGUCAGCAUGUUCUGUUCGUUCGAGACUCGCAGACACCUCUGCAUGGUCAUGGAGUAUGUGGAGGGUGGAGACUGUGCCACCCUGCUGAAGAACAUUGGCGCGUUACCAGUGGAAAUGGCUCGGAUGUACUUCGCUGAGACAGUCCUGGCGCUGGAGUACAUCCACAACUACGGCAUCGUACACCGAGACCUCAAGCCAGACAAUCUGUUGAUUACAUCGAUGGGCCACAUUAAACUGACUGACUUCGGCCUCUCUAAGAUGGGUCUCAUGAGCCUCACCACAAACCUUUACGAGGGCCACAUCGAGAAGGACGCUCGCGAGUUCCUGGACAAACAGGUCUGUGGCACCCCGGAGUACAUCGCCCCGGAGGUGAUCCUGCGGCAGGGUUAUGGGAAACCUGUGGACUGGUGGGCUUUGGGAAUUAUUCUCUAUGAGUUCCUGGUAGGAUGUGUGCCUUUCUUUGGGGACACACCUGAGGAGUUAUUCGGCCAGGUGAUCUCAGACGACAUUGCUUGGCCCGAGGGAGAUGAAGCGUUGCCUAGCGACGCCCAGAACCUGAUUUCCACCUUGUUGCAGACCAACCCGCUGGUGCGAUUAGGAACAGGAGGAGCAUACGAGGUGAAGCAGCACUCAUUCUUCGCCGAUCUGGACUGGAACAGUCUGCUGAGGCAGAAGGCGGAGUUCAUCCCUCACCUAGAGUCGGAGGAGGACACCAGCUACUUUGACACCCGCUCUGAGCGUUACCGGCACGUUAACUCAUACGACGAGGACGACACGAACGACGACGAGCCGGUGGAGAUCAGACAGUUCUCCUCUUGCUCUCCACGCUUCAGCAAGGUGUACAGCAGCAUGGAGCACCUGUCACAGCUGGAGCAGAAAGCAACGGUGGUGACCCGGCGAGAGCAUAAAGGACGUCGCGAAGACAAAAUGGCUAAGAGAGAGAGCCUCGGCAGCUUUAGCAAGAGCUGGAGGACAGGGUCACCAGAGAUGAAGCGUCUGUCGUGUUCUGAGUCUCUGUAUAUGGAAGGAGAUUCCAGUCCUCCACUAGGCGCCAGACGACGCUUUUCUGCGUUGAUGGACACGCACCGUUUCGCCUCGCCUCUAGAGGGCGAUGGAGAGACGCAGCCUCAACAAAGUGGAGCUAAAAGUCGGGGGUCAUCACUAGAGGGUACCACUGCACCGUCAUCACCCAUUGCUAGUGAACCUAUCACGUCAGUAAAGGAGGCGCCAGGAGUGAGUGUGGGAGAUAAGCCAAAAAAACUCUGUGAGGUAUCAGCACCACAACCCAUUCCAUCAGCCACAGGUGCAGCAGCAGUACCGGUUUUCCGCGACGCUGUUGUCAUGGGGGAAUCCCCCAGCCAGAGGGCCACCAAUGACCUAGUUCUAAGGCGAGCACGCCACCAGCAGCUCACUGGAGACAGCGAGAAACGAACCACACGUCCUGGCAACAAAGUCAUCAAAUCUGCCUCAGCUACUGCACUGUCUGUCAUUAUUCCAUCAGUCGAGCAGCAUGCUAGCUCACCUCUGGCUAGCCCCAUGUCUCCUCGCUCAGUCUCGUCCAACCCAUCUUCACGAGACUCAUCCCCAAGCCGAGACUACGGCCCUACGGUUAGCGUACUCCGCUCCCCCAUCACUAUCCAGCGCUCUGGCAAAAAGUACGGCUUUACACUGCGGGCCAUCCGCGUCUACAUGGGGGACAGUGAUGUUUACAGUGUCCAUCACAUGAUCUGGCACGUAGAGGAAGGUGGUCCGGCUCAGGAGGCAGGAAUGUGUGCAGGCGACCUAAUCACACAUGUCAAUGGAGAAUCUGUGCAUGGAUUGGUUCAUACAGAAGUGGUGGAGCUCAUUCUGAAGAGUGGCAAUAAGGUGACUGUCACCACCACGCCCUUCGAGAACACAUCGAUCAAAGUGGGUCCUGCUCGCAGAUCCAGCUACAAAUCCAAGAUGGCCAGACGCAGUAAAAGAACAGUCAAAGAGGGACAGGAAAGUAAGAAACGAAGUUCUCUGUUCCGCCAGAUAACCAAGCAGUCGAAUCUUCUGCACACUAGCCGUAGUCUAUCAUCUUUAAACCGCUCUUUGUCCUCUAGUGAGAGUUUGCCCGGCUCUCCUACACAUAGUCUGUCUGCCCGGUCACCCACUCAAAGCUACCGCUCCAGUCCUGACUCCUCUUACCUAGGUGCCUCCUCUCAGAGCAGCUCUCCAGCCUCAAGCACACCAAAUUCCCCUGCUGCCUCCCAGCACAUGCGUCCUAGCUCUCUCCACGGCCUAUCCCCCAAACUGCACCGUCAGUACCGCUCAGCCCGGUGCAAAUCCGCUGGCAACAUCCCUCUGUCCCCUCUUGCACAUACGCCAUCACCGACACAGUCUUCACCUCCGUCCUUGUCGGGUCACACAGUUGGAAGUUCCAAUAUGACCCAGAGCUUCCCUGUCAAGCUUCACUCAUCUCCUCCUAUUACAAGACCGAGGCCCAAGAGUGCCGAACCACCCCGGUCUCCCCUUCUCAAACGGGUGCAGUCAGCAGAGAAGCUCGGGUCGCCUUUAUCUUCUUCUUCAUCUUCCACUGACAAGAAAGGCGGAAUUGGGGCAAUGAGAAAGCACAGUCUGGAAGUUGGCCAUUCGGAUUAUCGUAAGGAGGGCUUCCAUUGUGAGCUAGGUCUUCAAAGCUUGUUGGAAACAGAAGGGGAGAAUCUGGCGUCGACCUCUGCAACAACCCCAUCACCUACCCGGCCAACAAUUCCAUCACCCAUGGAGACAGGUGUUUUUAAGCCAGUAAGGAAACUGGGCAGGCAGGAGUCCCCAUUGAGUAGAGAUGCUUUGCUUGCUGGAAGAGUAAAGGAAAAGGACAAUGGCAGGGUAAAACCUGGUGAUUUAACCCUGGCAAGUGACAGUAAACUGGCAAUUGUCUUGGAGAAGUCACCACCUGCUACUGAGGCUCAGCAAGAUACCAUGAGCAAGAAAGUCCCAGAAGAGAUAUCAAGUCACAUAAGAUCUCUCAUUGUUGACGUGGCUCAGCGAUCACCAUCCAUACCAAGAGAUACAAGCCUAGCUAAACUUGAUCAGCCUGUUGUGACCAAACCUUCACCUGUUGCACCAGAGUCUAAACUUAGUGUAGCGCCAUUAAUUCCAUCCCCUCUGACGUCUACUCCAAAAACCACAGAACUUACUCCAAGUGUUACCGUAGGAGGUAAGCAUCAAAUUUGUGACACCAAGUCUCCAAGCAUGAUUGUCCAAACCCAGACACCAGGGACUGCCAAAGCUCACCAGAGUUCUUUCAGUCUUGUCAAGGACUUGCAAGUAAAAGAGUCUGAAAAGAAAGCAGAAAUGAAAGAAAUGAAACUAGAGACAGGAAAGACUGUUGCUCCUGUUAAGUCUGGUGGGCCAAGCAGUGGCCCUGUAAAGGCAUCUCCACUUCCUGACAAAGUCCCAGUGACAACCACAGAAGUACCCAGAGUUAUCAAGGGACCAUCAAAUGGAGACACACUAAAAAAGUCAGGAUCAGAGACCCAUAGUAGGACUUCAGUGAGAUCUGGCUUACCUCCUUCCAAGGGGGUUGUUUCACCCUUCCCACCCCAGGUCCAAUCUCCUGCUCUGGGCAAGCUACGACAAGACAAGGGCCUUACUCCAGUCAACUGCUACCGAGGCACCUUGGACUGGGAAGACAAGUGUCUCUUGGAGGUUGUUGAGGAGCAUUCUCCUUCUCCUACACCAUCUCCUACUGGAGCCACUCCUAGCCUGUCAAAAUCACCUCUCCAACCUGUAGUAACUCAAUCCUUAUCACCUGGUGACAAAAGUGGCUUAACUAGUGUGUCGAAAAUUGGGCAAGAAGCAGCCAAAGUGUUAAUCCAGGGGGUUGCAAAGGACAAGGAGGCUGUUAAAUCAGCAGAGCAAACCAAGGCUGUUGCACAAGGAAAGACAGAAGUUUCAGCUGGGAGUAGCCCAAACGUGAAAGUAGCAACACGAAGCCCUACCGGCACAAUACCACAGAAAAAGAAUGGAAGCACGAAGAAUGGCUUGUGAUGUUUCAGCACAGUCUGCUUUUGCCUUUAUUGCAGAUUUAGCACUUAAACACAUCAGGACAAAAAUAUUAAGAUCAAGCAAGAGAUGAGACAAAACAUUUGUGCAGAAGUUCUUCUAAUAACAGUUUUAUUUACUGUAUAUAAGAAAAAAUAGUAGAUGUAUUACAGUUAUGUGUGUUGAGAAUGAUGAGUGUUGCUUGAUUGGCAAGGUGAAAAAGAAAGUGCAAAGUGCUUUAACAGAUCAAAUAAUGCUGAAGUCCGUAAAUGCAGAUACGUUGCUUACGAAAAAUGAUUUGUUCCUGAGACAUUCACUAAACAAACAAUACUGCAAUGAUCUUACCAUUGGUUAUACUUAUGAAAGAGUUAUUUCUCUUGAGUUAGAUGCCUCUGUGUGUGAUUAGCAUGCCGUCCAGUGAUUAUGCAGCUAGCGCUCAAACUGCCUGUGGCUUCUUCUUAAGCUGUGUAGGUGGGGGUGGGGGAACAAAACAUAAAAACCCUGAAAGAUUUCAUUUCCGUCAGCCCAUAAACCAACAGACGAUGAUUUAAAAAGGAAAGCCGUGAGUUAAGAUGGUUUUGAAUUAUGAUACACUGCAUGCAAGUAAGAAGUGUAGCCUUCUUAUCAGGUGCCAACAGGAGGCCUGGCAUAGUAGCCCAGUGACAGCUUCCUUCAUCGCAGCUUAAACAGCGCUGAUAUAAUCGCUGACUGGGGCUCAUUAUAGUACCCGUUUGUGGGCUUUGUAUCCGCUCUGUUAAACAGGUGCCUUUCAGCUGGGUUUGCUGAGAUACGUUCACAACUGCGCUGUCAGAACGGAUAAAGAGGAAAGGUCCUAAUGGAAAAAGCAACGUUUUGCACUUUUUGAAAUGUAUUUAGCAAAGCGUGUAGACGAGCAACAUGGUUAAACACACGAUUUCAGUUCCCAUUUAUAGUCAAGGACGUUUUUGCUUGAAGUAUUGUAACACAUUUCAAUAUGUUAUAGAAAUCAUUUAGCAAAAAAAUAAAUAAAAGAAAUGCAAGCACCUUUCAUGUCAAAACCCACACCUUGGUGGAUAAGGUAACUCUAUUAUCACAAAUAAUUUUAUGAUUAAGAUUUGGUAUGAUAUCUACUUUUAACCUGAGACAUUCCCAAUAUAAUAGAAAAAAAGAUGACAGGUAAAAUAUGUUGUUUAUUUACUAGAGCUAAGAUGUAUAGAUCUAUACCGAUAAUGUUUGGGCAUAAAAUACAGAGAUCAAUUUAUAAUUGUUCAUGUAUUAUACAAUAAGUAUCCCAGUUAAGCUAGCAGUGUUGUUUCCCUUGGGGUCUCUCUUUGUGUUUUGUGUGGUCUUAGUAUAAAGAGGCCUGAACACUAACACAUUUAGUUUAUAACAUCAUUUUUGUCAUUAGUCUGGUGAAUUUUCUUAAAUACUGUAUGCAGCCAUUUAAAAAAUUCCUUUACUUCUCCAGAAUGGCACAAUAACAGUGUAAGUUGGAGUACACUGACAUCUGGUGGCUAAACAGCACAUUGUCAUUAUCAUGAUGCUUGCAUUUUGUUUGAUUUAGAGCCCUCUGCUGCCUGGAAGGUGAACUACAAGUGCAGUGAAUGCGUACAAGUUUUUUUUUUUUUUUCAUUACUUUACAGGGAAUUAUAGACUCAGUGGUAGUUUUUUUUAUGUGCCAUGCAAAAGGCCUGAGUUCAAUUUCCACUCAAUGCCCAAACCCCAACCACAGGAUGCAGUGCAGGUCCCAAACCCGGAUAAAAUGGGAGGGUUGCACCAGGAUGGGCAUUUAGUAUUAAAAAACAACAACAACAACAAAAACCUGUAUUGUGCAGAUCAGAUGGUCAGCUGUUGCAGCCAACAACAACUUUAAAUCAACUCCACCUUGUUUGUUGUAGGUCUGCAUCAUGGUUUUGCCUUAGAAAGAAAAUGACAUGACUGAGCAGAAAAAGAAAAGAUGAGGAAGAAACUAGAGAUAUCAUUUGCAUAACAAAGGUUGAAAUCAGUUGAUCGUUUUAGAUUCAUAAAUCAAAGACAAACUGCACCUUUAAGAGUGAUGACGUAGGAGCCACUGCUUUCAGUUUACUAAUUAUACUAAUCAUGUGCACAGUCAUCUGAGCGUCUGCUUCCUGAUUGGGGUAUUGAUUGUGAAUUUCGGAUGUCAUGUAGCCUGAUUACUCGACUGAUGUAUUUUAGGUAGACAGCUGUGUAUUGAUUUAUGGAUUUUUAGGGAUGAAGUCCAAUAAGGCAGUUUGUAUGUAUGUGUGUGUGUAUUGAGCCUGUCAGGGGAAGAGUGCUAAUAAGCACGAUGCUCUUUCUUUUGUCAUAAUCCUCUCUGUUUGGAAAGAAGUUGAUGGGAGGAAGGAGUUUUCACUGAUUUUCCCAUCGUUCUUAUGUGUACUGAUACAGCAAAGAGCAUACUUAAACGAUGCAUGGACUUCAGAAAGCAUCUCUGUGACAGAUAGUAGCUGGAAACACUGUAGGUCCUAAUUUGAACAAAAUGGAUUUUACUUUUAGGCUCAGGGGUUCAAGAAAGGAAAAUCCUGACAAAUAUCAAAUGUAUGUAGUUUGCACCUUUACAGCAAAAUGAAGUAGUGGUUGGUUUGAAAAGUGUGUAAGCGUUUCCAUUUUGCACUUGAGUUAUGAGGCUGAUGAUGGAAUGGAAGUCAGUGUUUUAAUGUGUCAAAGUGAAGAACGACUUCAAAAAAUAUCUUCAUGAUAUUUCACUAGAUCAAGCACUAUAAAUAUGAUCAAGAUGAAAGUGCUGUGUGAGAGAGAGAGAGAGAAAGAGAGGUUAGUAAAGCAAGAAAAACUACAAGUCAAAAGAAUGUUUUUGUGGCAUCAUAGUUCCAGUUCCUUUGGUUCCUGUUUGAGACUCCCAGGGUAAUGUCUGGUGGCGCUUCUCUUUCAUGUGUCCAUGUGGGUUUUUUGGGGGGGUUUGCUGGUUUCCUCCUUAUAACCUGCCAGUAAACUGGACUGACUAGUGUAAAAUGCUCCUGUGAUCCAUUCAGCAUGCAUUCUUGCUUAAUUCCCCGUUGACCCCUGGAUAGACUCCAGAUCAGCAUAAAGCUGAAAAUAAGUGUGCGACUCCAGCAGAUUUGUUUGGCACACUAAUUGGCCAGGUUUGCUUACCGUGAGGGAAUUGUACCCUGCUGCGUGAUGGAAAAAAAUUGUCUGUCAUCAUAACAUUCUUAUGUUCAGCAAUAUACUUUAAAGUCUACGAAUACAGAGUCCUAAAGCACAUCGACAAGUCUGCGUGGCAUCACUGACGCGGGUUUGAGGUAGAAACAAACACAGUAUCACACAAACAGUAAAGCGGACACCAGAACUUAUCAAAAACAUCUGUUUCUGUUUACUCGUUGGAUUUAAAUGCAACUUUCUGGUGACUAGAGCAGAACCUUGAGGGAUGCCGUAGGUCCCUAUUAAUGCUGAAUUUCAAACUUCUCUACGCAAAGCCUUAAUCAUAUCCAUAUCUUUCGAUUUUAAAGUCCAGUCAUGACUCCAUUUCGAAGAGUAUUCUCACGUAUUCAUAGCAUUUAAAAAUAACAAUUUGUUUAAUGCUAACUGACACUACGUGAUUUGGCAUUAGGAUGUGAGAACUGUUUGUAUUUCUUGUUGAUUCAAAUCAUAAGAAGACCCGUGAAGGUUUUCAGCCACACGGUAAAGCUUGCAGGUCUCUAGGCUCCUUACAGCUGGAACUCAAAACUCAUGACACGUACUAUUAAAACACAUCUUUACCAUAAAAACACAUGACUGUUACAGUAUAUCAUAUCACAAAAUUAUAAAAAAAUCCAAUUAAAAACAACAACAUUUUGUAAGGGUUUCUGUUUUACUUUGUAGCCAGGUUUUUCUGGUUUCGUAUUCCUGAUGUAAAAUGAAGAUUUGAUGAAUUACGUUCCGGCUCGUAUCAAGUAAACAGCAUCGUUUACUCCUGACUCCUAAGACAUAAUCAGUUUGUGAAUUCUCCAUGGAUUUUUUGUUUGUUUGUUCGUUUAUUUAUUUAUUUAUACCGCGAAUGCACUUUAUUUUACGUCAGAGUGAAUCUUCUUUUACGCAGAAGUUUGAUAUGUACUGUAUUCAUUCACCACGUAGAGAAAUGUACACCGAAAUGCAAAUAUUCUCUGUUUUCAUGUGAAUGUUUUAGAGAGGAAAAUAAAGGAACAAUCAUUUAUUAUGUACUGAUUA